GUAAUAACAAAUAUUUAGGGUUUAACACUUUAUUAAAUUUCAAAAUUGUGUUGUUCUCAUUAGUUCUAAACGGAUAAUUAUAAUUACAAUUCACGGAAUGUUUUAUCUAUUAAGGAAUUUAGAAUGAUCUCAAAAUUCAUUCAAACAUGUAUAUUUAACAUGAAUGAAAUAUACUGAGGCUUAGCAGUGAUUUUUAUUUUAAUUUAUACUAUAAGUACGAGAAGAAAAAAUGGACGAUGUUAGUAGGGAUAAAUCAGAAAAGGUAAUUCCCGAAGAAAUAAGUAUUCUAGAAAGUGAAACCCGCAAUUCAGAAAGGUUACAAAAAUCAUCAGAAACCAGUGAGUACGAUGCUCCAGAUGGUGGAUACGGAUGGGUUAUUGUAGCAGUCUCUUUUCUUGCCAUAACGGUAGUCGAUGGAGUCAUAAAUUCGUUUGGUAUAUUUCUGUCAGAAUUUGUCAAAGAAUUUAAAGUAUCCGAAGGAAAAAUUGCCUGGGUUGGCUCGAUUUUGGCUGGAGUUCCUUUACUAGUUGGACCGAUAGCUAGUGUUUUGACUAAUAAAUUUGGUUGUCGAACAACUUGCGCAAUAGGUAGUCUAAUAACUUCAGCAGCAUUAAGUCUGUCAGUAUUCUGUACAAAUGUACCGCUAUUGAUGACCACUUAUUGUGGAGCAGGAAUUGGUUUAGGAUUAAUAUUAUUGCCGUCGAUAGUUUUCGUUGGGUAUUAUUUUGAGUCCAAAAGAGCUCUAGCAACAGGUAUCUCCUUAAGUGGUUCGGGAUUCGGUACUAUCAUUUUUCCACCAUUGGUCAACCAUCUCCUACAUAUUUACGAUUGGAGGGUCGCUAACUUGAGUUUAGCGGCAAGUGCGCUAUGUUGCACUCUAUUUGGGCUAUUAAUGAAGCCUUUGAAAUAUAAACCCGUAACCGAUAACUAUUUUCCGGUAAAAUCUCAGUUGAAAAAAAAUGAAGAAAGCAAAAGUGCUGUUGAUGUUUCAAUUCCCACCAAGGCAAAAAGCAGGCUUUACAAACACAGAAACAGCCAUACAUUAGGUGAAAGAAGACAUAGAAGCCAAUCGAAUGUGGCAGAGUAUUAUGAAUUUACACGAAAAAAUUUAAUGUUAUUAAGAAAGGAACUUUGUUAUUCGGGGACCCUAAUACAAAAUAAUAUUCCUCGACCAAGGAAUCCCACGAAUACAUCAAAUGAUAAUUUAUUAAUAGAUUUAGAUUUAUUAAAAGACAGAAAUUUUUUGCUGUUUGGAUUAGGAAAUAUAUUCGCCAUGAUAUCGUUUUAUAUUCCUUUAAUAUAUAUGGUGGAUUAUGCUAAAACCAAAAAUAUACAAGCUGGACAAGCGUCAUUUUUAAUAUCUGUGAUAGGAAUAGUAAAUACAGUGGCACGUAUUAUUUUUGGAUACAUUGUAAACUUUCCAAUGAUUGAUUCCGUUUUCGUCAACAAUAUAUUCCUGAUUAUUGGAGCAGUAUCCGUUGGAUUGAUGCCAUAUUGUCAAAGUUAUAUAGCCUAUAUUUUUAGUUCCUUCUUUUUUGGGCUUUCCAUAGCUGCAUAUUCGGCUCUAACUCCGAUAAUUCUGGUGGAUCUCCUAGGAAUAGGAAAACUUACUAACGGAUUUGGAAUAAUUCAGUUGUUUAGAGGAAUCGCAACACUCUUGGGUGCGCCAAUGGCUGGUGUUUUACUAGACUUGACACACUCUUAUAAAAUUCCGUUUCUAGUUGGAGGUGGACUUUUCCUUCUGUCUGCCAUUUUUGGUUUUAUUUUACAAUACGCACAAAGAAAAUCAUCUGUAAUAAAUAUUGAUACUGAAAGUGUCACUUAAUAAAUACUUUUUUAAUUUUGUAAUCAUUAUUUUCGAUUUCUGACUUGAUAAUUAAAAAAAAAAAAAAUAGAAAAACGUCUUGGUAUCCCUACAGUAUGUUUACAAUGAAACAUUUGAUAAAAUAACGUUAGAUGAAAUUCGGUAAGUUUAUCUUAAAAUAUCACAGAUCGAAUGUUUGUACUAAAUAUGACAGUUACAUAAUAUAUGUUUGCAA